UAAAGUAAUAAACGUCAACGAGAAAAAGUCGUCUGUCAAUUCUGACGAGCGAAACUUUCGUGCACGAAAAAAGAUGGAGUCGGCUCAGAAUCGCUCCAAAACCGUUAUACCGCAGCAGAAGAAGCUGCUCUACAGUUACAUGAGGCGGCAUAUUUCUCUGUCGAUGGGGAAAUUCUCGAGAAACUUCACGCACAAGAACGCUCAAAAGCUGUGGAUGGAGCUUACUGAGACGUUGAACGCGGUUCCAGGAGGCAGCUUCAAGAACUGGAGGCAAUGGCGUAAGCUAUGGCAAGAUCUUCGCUGCAGGGAAAAGAAAAUGUGCCGUGCAUUCCCUGAAGAAAUUUCUGACUCGGACACCAUGCAAGUGACUCCGAAAGUAGAGCCUCCAGAAGAUCAUUACACUGCCGAUUCCGUCUCGUCCACCUCCACUACCAGACCUAUGCCCCCUUUGUACAGCAGCAAGCAAAUGGCUUCCAUGUCAUUCAAUUCCCCUCAGUCUUUGACCUUAAUAGAGUCUCCAAAGUUGAUUCCACUUGCCAAUACGAAAACCGUGCCAAAGGAUUGCUACCUGUUGGUUUCACUUGUAGAAGGGCCUCCAAAUGUGAUUGCAAAUAAGAAAGAGGAAGAUGACAAGGAACUGGUGGAAGUCAAAUGGGCCAAAGUCAACGCUUUGGAACGAAUAGCAACAGCUUUGGAAGUAUUAGUGCACAGUAAAGUUAAUUUACCUGAAGAGAUAGUUUCUGCAUUGCAAUAGAUAAUAAGUAUAUUUUUAGUGCAUAUUUGUUUUUGUUUCGGUUAAUAUAGUUAAUUUUCUUGAAAAAGCAUGACUUUGUAGCUAUACUUUGUAAUAUCAUUUCAAUAAAG